UUCACUUUAGAUAGUGGUGCUGGUGGCUGGGAGGUUGUCGUGGGCUCAGGGCCCAGGAUCUGCAGAGGCUGCUGCAGCUGUACCCACUCUGCUUCUCUGGUCUCUUGGGAACCCACUGUCUCCUGGGGGUUGGAUCCUGGACCCUGCAGUGGACCUGGAAGAGGAUCUAGUGUUCUGGGGGCAGCUCAAGGCAGAUGUCACCUUGGAGGGUGGAUUUGUCAGCUGCUAGGGAUCCUGCAGGAAGUAACAGCCGUUCGUGCUGAGACAAACAGGAGCAGGAGCUGGACCUCUGUACUGGAUGCCCUUCUGCUCCUGUCCAAUGACCCAGCUGUAUCCUCCCCGUCUGUCUUCCCGGUCUGAGGACAUGGAGCACAGCUACUGCCCAUCUCUGCUCUGCAGUCUCCCCUUCCUGCUUCUCCUUGUGCAGCUGCCCAGGUGGGGCUCUGCAGAUGAGUUCCUGGUAGCUGGUCCCAGUGACCCCAUAGUGGCCGAGUUGGGUGGUGAUGCCACUCUGCCCUGCUUCCUGUAUCCAGCUAUGAAUGCAGAAGACAUGAAGCUGCAGUGGUUCCGUUACAAGUUCUCAGAAGCAGUGCUCGUCUAUCAGAACGGCCAGGAGCAGAAUGAGAGGCAGAUGCCCCAAUAUGCAGGACGGACCUCGCUGGUGAAAGAUUUCCUUUCCCUGGGACAGGCUGCUGUGCGCAUCAGGAACAUCCAGGUUUCAGACAAUGGGAAAUACACCUGCUUCUUCCAGAAGGGAGAUUACUAUGAAGAGGCUAUUCUGGAACUGAAGGUGGCAGGUUUAGGAUCUGCCCCACAAGUGCACAUUGAAGAGCCAGAGAAGGAUGGAGUUCGUGUGGUGUGCAAGGCCUCAGGGUGGUUUCCGAAGCCCCAGGUGCAGUGGAGAGAUGUCCACGGUGAGAAGUUACUGGAGUUCUCUGAGACCCACACCCAAGAUGCAGCAGGGCUGUUCAGCGUGGAGUCUGCCGUGGUGGUGAGAGACAGCUCUGCAAGGGACGUGACCUGCUCUAUCCUCAGUCCCAUCCUGGGUCAGGAGAAGGUCAUGACCAUUCCCAUCCCAGAGCCCUUCUUCCCUCAGGUCUCUCCCUGGAAGGCAGCUUUCACUGUGAGCCUGACUGUGUUGGGGCUGCUACUGAUUGGGGCUGGCUGUGUCACCAAGAGAGAGCACUCUGCAAAGAUCCAGGAGAGUCAGGAACACAAGCGUAUUUGCUGGAUUAAAGAUGCAGAGCAACAUGAAAAGGAGAAGGCACUGAAGGCCAUAGAUGAGCUCCAGGCAGAACUCGGUCGGAGGAAGGCAGCAUUCCAGGCUGCUGGGAGGAAGGCGCAUCUGUAUGCUGAUUGGCAGAAGGAAGAGUUCCAGGCCUGGCCUGUCACUCUGGAUCCAGACUCUGCUGAUACCAACCUUGCCAUCUCUCCUGAAAGGACCAGUGUGACCUGUAAGGGCAGAAGAUUGGGUUAUUGGAAGUACUCCAGUGUGUUGGGCCUUGAGGGCAUCACGUCAGGAAGAUGUUACUGGGAGGUGGAGGUCAAGGCCGCAAUGAUAAAAAAAUGGGGUCUUGGGGUCUGUGGGGAGAAGGUGACAAGGACAGGCUCAUAUAUACCAUCCCCAGAUAAGGGGUUCUGGGUUGUGAAAUUUUUUUAUAAUAUUUGUCAUGCAUGUCCUGACAAAUUAAACCCUGUAGUUCUUAGGCAGGAUCCCCACAGGGUUGGGAUCUUCUUGGACUACAGUGAAGGGGACAUCUCCUUCUAUAAUAUGACAGAUGGGUCCCACAUUUUCUCCUUCCCCCCAGCUUCAUUCUCUGGACCUCUGUACCCAUACUUUAUGCUUAAGUCACAAGAUGUGUCCCUGAGCAUCUGCUCCCCAGUGGGUGUGUCUGAGGGGCUCCCUGUGGUCCUGAGUGAUUCCCCUUUGGAGGAAACGGUGAGACCCCCAGGGGAAGGGUUCAGUUUGGGCCCUGGUGCUGAGGGUGCUCCCCCAGGGGCUGAGUCUCCAUUACUUUCCUACCCUUCAUAAGGCCCCUCCCUGACCUGACUCCUCAGUGUGACCCUCUUGGGGUUGCAGACUCCCUGUGAGAGAAGGCCCUCAGAGGAGUCCCUGAUGCCUCUGGGACUUUCUUUUCCUGUGGCUAUGAGGACUGGUGGUUCUUGCCCUAUGUCCAUACAGAGGAUGUUGAAUGCUGAUGGUUUUUUGAACUGGUUUAGGAUAGGUCAUAUUAUAGUAUGAAAUAAUUGUUUUUGUCAUUAAAAUUUUUCAUUGGUUUUAAAUUAACUUUGAAUAUGAAUAAAUUCUAUUUGGAUUUGAGAUACCUUGUACAACAAAUUGGGUUUAAAUAUCCAAUUUAU